AGAAAAAUUUAAAAAAAAAGAAAAGAAAAUGGAAACACAGAGGUUCGUCUUCCUCCCUCUCUCUCGCAUCGCUCCUCUCACUGGAGACAUUCAUCUCCCUCCACACUCGAAACAGAGACAAACUCAAAGAGAAAACCAAUACCCCUAACCUAAACUAAAAUGACCAACAUUCGUCUCAUCCUAUCAUCUCCUUCACAACGAAACCGAAACGCAACGACAACAACGACUAAGAAAAACGCUGAACCUUUCCUAGAGCAAAAUCAAAAGAUGCAAACAAAAGGUCACAUGUUAUGAGGAUGUCGAGAGAAAUGUGAUGAUUACCUCCUCAAACGAAGCUCGGCGCGGUUAUGAUAGUGGUGCGAAGAACUGGUGCGCUCUCUUCAGGGUUACAAAUGGGGUCCUUGCUGUUCAAAAGGAGUGUUUCUGCAAAGCAAUUUGGAUGCUCAGACACAGAAUUACCCUAUCCAUGUUGGAUUUAAGAAAAGUAAAAGAAUGGUGAGCAUGGUUUGCUGCAACCUUGUUGAAUUGGCCUUGCAUUGCCCUGCUGGAUCCCUUCGUUCAGUUCAUCAGGUGGUAAGUGGCUAAGCAUGGUUUUUCUUAUGUGAGGCUCAUGUUGGUUUUGGCCACUGCAGGAUACAGGACCAAUGCAUUUGCUUCCAAAUUCAUGCCUCAAGGAUAGCCAUUACAACGGGAUAGCAAGUCCUGUAAAUCCAAUAUGUUCAAUGACUUUGGAGGUGCAAGCUGGCGAGGUGAACUGAUAUUGUAAGUGCAUGGCAUGUCAGUUGCAGUAGGUUGGUUGUCGUUGGCGGCUAGCGUGGGUGGUUGAGUGGAAUCCGGUUCUACCGAGUUUGCUGCAUAAUGCUUCGGGUGCAGAGUUCUUGUGAUAUGCUCCCAUUUCACCCAUGUUCGGUGCUGGAUUUGCUUUUGCAGGAUUAUGGUAUACAUUUGGUUCAAUUUUGGCCUGUGCAUGAUGGCAUGGUAGGGAGAAUGUUGAUGUUACUAACUUGUGAACAUGUUCAAUUAAGUCUCAAUGUUGCUGAAUUUCCAGGAUUUAUAGCAGUGUUUGGAGUAUGGACCUGUGGCAUCUACCGAAUUUCGGUCUGAGUAACAUGUGCGGUUUUUCUAUUGACUAACGGAGGCUUGACUUCGUUUUCAGGCAUCACGAGACGAUCCUUCAGCGGUGUUAGUCCUCUGUUCACGCUGUUAGAUUUGAAAUGCGAGGGUAUGAAUCGAGUGAAUGCGCUAGCCAAUCCUGUAGGCUAGUAUGUGCAUAGCUUGACAAUUCAAUGAGUAGAGCUUGUUGAUGAUGGUAUGGAUGCAACAAUAAUCACAGGCAGCUUGAAUUUUAUCGAUGGAACAACCACUUUCAAUAGUGCAACUGUUGCUGCUGUUGGAGAUGAGUUUAUAGCUCAGGACAUAGGGUUCCAAAACACGGCAGGCCCAGAAAAGCACCAGGCGGUUGCUCUCCGCGUAGGUGCUGAUCAAUCUGUCAUCAACCGUUGUAAAAUUGACGCAUUUCAAGACACCCUCUACGCACACUCCAACCGACAAUUUUACCGUGACUCCUUCAUUACCGGUACUGUUGACUUUAUCUUUGGAAACGCAGGUGUUGUGUUCCAGAAGAGCAAACUUGUGGCCCGAAAGCCCAUGAGCAAACAAAAGAACAAGGUCACAGUCCAAGGUCGAGAAGACCCAAACCAGAACACUGCAACUUCAAUUCAGCAAUGUAAUGUCAUACCAAGCUCGGACCUCAAGCCUGUGCAAGGCUCCAUCAAAACAUACCUAGGCCGUCCAUGGAAGAAAUACUCCAGGACUGUUGUGUUGCAGUCCGUCGUGGACAGCCAUAUUGACCCAGCAGGAUGGGCUGAAUGGGAUGCCGCGAGUAAGGAUUUUCUGCAAACAUUGUAUUACGGAGAGUACUUGGACAGUGGAGCAGGUGCUGGUACCAGCAAGAGAGUGACUUGGCCUGGUUAUCAUAUCAUCAAAACUGCUGCAGAGGCUAGCAAGUUUACAGUAACACAGCUCAUCCAGGGCAAUGUUUGGUUGAAGAAACACAGGGGUAGCCUUCAUUGAAGGCCUGUAGAAAUCGGCUUCAGCAGGCGUGUACUAUUAUGUUUCUGUAAAAAAAAGGAAUAGUAGUAGCAGCCACACCAUUCUUAUUAGAACUCAUUCCUAUUCUACUUGGAACAGGAUGCCUUCUUGUACCAGAAGCUGGGAAAGAAAGCUGCUUCUUAGCAGGAGUACUUGGCACUUUGCUUUUAGUCUUUGCAACCUUUGCAGGUGCCGGAAGUACGCUCCUUGAAGCUAGAGUUUGAUGACUUGGUUUUUGGCCUGUAGGAGAGUUUUUACUAUCUUGAUUUUGAUCUCUUAGAGCAUACAAUUUGGAGAUUUCUCCAACUGACAUAGUGUGAUUUGCAGCACCUUUUGCUGAUCAGAGAGCCUACAAUCAGGGUACCUUAGACCCUCCAAUGAACUUGCUGGUCGUAGUGGUGAAUAUAAGGACUUCAGAACAUCAGGAUGGGAGUUCAAUGAAUUGUACUGGUGUAUGUAACCAAUAAAAAGGCUCAUAAAACCUCCAGCACAUAAUGCUUCAACUACCAUAAUAAUCCCCAACAUUGCAGAGAUUGACAGAAAACCAGUGUAAGGUUUCCAAACAAAUAACAAGUAGCAAUGCAGCAGUACCAUAAGCUGUCAUGGCAAAGGGUAUCAGUGUUUGGAGACAGAGCAGCAACAAGUUCCCAAGGGUACCAAUCACCAGUUUUGGGAUGUCUACUCACAGAAGGAACCUCAAAAAUUGGAGCCAAAUGCAUUCCUUUAUAAUUCUUCUUCUUUUCAUCGGUACAACUAAGAAGACGAGUAACAGGUCCAGGUUGUUUAACCUUCAUAUCAAAGUAAUUCUGACUUUCAACAGAAAACAGUGUGUGCAAUCUCCAAGAUACCUUCUUUACCCCUUCUGUAAAAUCAAUACCCAUCAUCAUCAAAAAAAAAACAUAAUUCAAAAGAGAUUCCAUCAACUCUGCGUACUUGUUUUUCUCACUGUUCUUUUUCUUAGCAACUGAAGCUGUGUAAUUGUUCAAAUCAAACCUUUCAACGAAGAAUUAGAACUCAAAUUCUGGUGGGGGGUAACUGGAGCAACUCCUUGAACAGUAGCAUUUGUGGUUUGAUUUGUGACCCUAGAUGGUUCUAUUUUUACAAUUUGAGUGUUGUUUGUGGCUGGAAUAGUAACUGCAUCUUGUGAUGAAUUUUUGUGCGCACUUGUGUUGUUGGGAAAUGAAGAUUGAGAUUGAGAUUGAGAAGUUGCAUUGGUAGAUCUAGUUGUGGAAGUGUUGUUUUACCACAUGUAACAGUACCUUUGGUGUAAUUUGGAUAUGGACAUGGGUUUAUUUUAGGGUUUUCGGAAUUGGGUUGAUUUUGGUCAAAGUUGACCAAAAAGUCAACUGUUGACCAAAGUCAACAGUUGGUCCAAAAGUGUCAAUUUUUUUUUGUAUUUUCUUGUGGAAUCAAAUGUAAUGGUUUAGAAUGGUGUGAAAUGAAUUGAAAUGGUUUGAAAAUUGAUUUGAAA